AUGCCAUUUCUCCAAAAAAUAGAAUCCCGAUUUAUUUCUAAUAAAUCGUUAUUGUGUUUGGGUUUGGACCCAUGUCUAGAUGACAUUGUUGAGUUUUGUAAAACACAAAACUAUAAACCAACGCAGAAUGAUAACAUAGUCACUCAAUUAAUUUGUUACUGCCAAUAUUUGAUAAAUGAGACCAAAGAGUUUCUACUAUGUGUAAAGCCAAACCUGGCCUUUUUUAUUCAAUUCGGUUUUGAAGGCAUAAAAGCGUUAAAGGAUAUUGUAGAGUGGAUUUCUGGUGAUAUACCAGUUAUUUUAGAUUGUAAAUUUGGGGAUAUCAGCAAUACAAUGAACCAUUACGUGAAAUUUACCUUCGACUAUAUAAAAGCAGACGCUGUUACUGUUAACAUGUAUAUGGGAUUAGAUGUUCUAAAAUCUGCAGUAACUUCUAGCAUUGCAAAUAAACCCUAUAAUUCAGUAUUCAUUUUAGCAUCAACAUCUAACCCAUCUGCUGAUGUCAUACAAUCUGCAGCCGUUGGCAAUGAUAAAUUAUUUUUGCACAUUAUACAAGAGGGGGAUAGGUUUUCAUCGUGCAACCAAAUGGAGUCCGUCGGUGAAGCUAUUGGAUUUGUCAUCGGGAGCACCAAAAUAGAUUCGAUAAUUAACGCCCGUAAGAUAUCUACGUCAUGGUUCUUGGUUCCGGGAAUUGGCGCCCAGCAGGGAGAUUUGUCUCAGGUUAUCAAACAUGGGCUAAGAGAAGAUGGUAAAGGGAUCAUCAUUUCUGUUAGCCGCGGUAUAUCAAAAUCGUCAAAUCCUAGAGUGGCAGCCAAGACUUUAGUUGAAGAAAUGCAGGCCUUGAUCAGACAGCAUCACUCGCACGUGAAUAUUUGUUGA